AUGGCGGCGGCCUUGUCCCUCCCCCCCACGCCCGCCCCGGCGCCCCCACUCGUCCCCGUUCCCCCGGCACCCCCGCUCACGGCGAGCUGCAGCCGCGGAGCUCCGGCGACGAUCGACGGCUCCGCGCACUGCAGCACCGCCCGCCGCCGGUGUCAGCAGGGCUCGGCUCCGCCUCCCGCCGCGGCGGGGGCCGGGCACGGCGGGGCCUGCGCGGGCCUGGCCGGGCAGGCCUUGAGGGCUCCCCAGAUCGGGGGCUGCCGUGUGGCAGCCCGGGCGUGGGGAGCGCCGCCCGAGCUGAGCAGCCCCGCUCAGGCACUGCUGGGGCUGUUUGGGUUUGGCGCAGGAGGUUCCUGGGCCGGAGCUGCCCCUGCAAUCCCCGAGUGGGUGCUGGGAACUUCUCACAUGCCCUCUGCGCUCUCAGACCGCGCUCUCCCGACCAGACCCACCGUCUCCACAAAAAAUCGCGAGCUGAAGCAGUUUCAGGUUAAAAUAGCUGCAAGGGAGGCUUGCUGUGGGAUUGAACAGAUAAGAAGUGACCUUAGGACUGUGGAGGACUCAGGCAUCACAUUUACCUGGCUUUUGUUUUAUGGUAUGAGCCUGACACCUGCACCUUCCCCUCCAACAGACCCAACUGAACCCCAGUGUGUCUGUCACAGCUCACGCUGCAGCUCUGGGGUAAGAAAAUAAUGAAGAUCUGCAGCUCUGGUUUGAGGGUUCAGAACUUAAAUACCUGCUCUGAAGAGAGGACAGAACUCAGUCCAUCAUCACUGUAUGUGCCUUCCCUUUCCUCCUUAGCUGUUACCCAUUUCUUCUGCUGCUGCCAUCACAGAGUCCAUUUGUCAUGUCUCAGCUACGUAUGUUGCAUAUGCCUCAUGUUUGCAUAUAAGCACCUAUAAUUCAGGAUCUUAUGGUUAAUCUGCAAACCUGAUUAACUCUCAGUAAACACUACUGCAGCUGU